UAUAUACACACCUGCGUGCACGAGAUUCCUCCAUGUUACCACUAAUGCAUUAUUUUUACCUUUUUUGGGUUGGGGUGGUGGUGGUUUUCAGUUUGUGUCCCGUGCAAAUAACUUCCUAGCUCAUCUAUCUAUAUUCCACAAUUUAAUGCAUUUGGAGGUGUAUGUGGAACCCUCUGCUGAUCCUGGUGAAUAUACUGAAGAAAUACUGAUGGACUUGCUUCAAAAAACUCCUAAUCUAGAGUCUCUAGACAUUCCUGAGGGACUGCACCCAAACGCUUGCUUGAUUGGGAAUUAUUGGAUAUUGAACUCGGUACCGCAUUGUUUGAGAUCUUGUCUCAAGGAGUUCAGCAUCUCAAAUUUUAGCGGAAAAGUAGCUGAAAUAGAAUUGCUAAAAUAUUUGUUAAAGAGUGCAACCAUUUUGGAGAAGAUGAUGAUUUAUUGUUCAGAGACCUUAGAAGCAGAUUUGAAGAGGCAAGAGGAGAUCAGCAAUCAGUUACAGAUACUUAGAGAGGGCUUAGUGAGUUGCAUAACUGAGUUCUUGUAAAAUUGUUGAGAUUUUCCUGAAAACUCAAUACUUCAAUAUCCUUUAAUUGAUUUUUGUACUUUCAUAAUUUAGUUCACAAGUUGAGUUGUCGUCCUCAGUCCAUCUGAUUCUUAUUUUCCAAUAUUUUCAUAGGCCCCCAUGAUCAAUGUGCUUUGCUGUGUGUUUUCCUUCUUUUUAUGGGUUAUGAAUGCCUAAUUGCUCUGA